AUGGAAGCUAGAGGACUCUGGGAUUUUUUCUAUGCAUAUCAUACAGUAGCGUUUUGUGGAACAAAUCAGAGGCUUUGGGAAGAGGAAAGAAAGAUAAAACCCUAUGGCACUGUGCAUUGGAAGGGUUAUAGUAGCAGUGAAGAUACAUGGGAACCAAUUGGAGGGUUAAGUAACUGCCUAGGAAGCAUACAGGAUUUUGUACGAUAUGGGAAGAAGGUGAAGAUCUUGCCACUUCCAGGUGAUGUUGAUGUAAUUUGUGGGGGCCCUCCUUGCCAAGGCAUUAGCGGCUAUAAUCGCUACAGAAACGUUGAUUCUCCAUUAGAUGAUGAGAGAAAUCAUCAAAUUGUAGUCUUCAUGGACAUUAAUCUACCUCAAUUUCCUCUUCCUACACAUGAUGUCAUAAUUAGAUACUGGCCUCCACCAGAGUUCGAGCGCAAUACUGUUGCUUAUGAUGAAGACCAACCUCGUGUAUUAGAAGAAGCUCUGGUUCUUCAUGAUGCCAUCUCUGAUCUUCCUGCUGUCACAAACGAUGAAACAAGUGAAGAAAUGUCGUACCAAAAGCCUCCUGGAACAGAUUUCCAAAGAUAUAUAAGAGAUGAUGGGAUCUGUGUUAGAUGGCACUAUGAAAACAAAGUUUCACUGUAUGACCAUCGGCCUUACCCGUUGUUCGAAGAUGAUUACUUACGAGUUUGUCAAAUUCCAAAAAGAAAGGGAGCAAACUUCCGGGACCUCCCUGGUGUUGUUGUAGGAAAUGACAAUGUGGCUCGGAGGGAUUCAACUGAAAAGCAUUUGCUGUUGCCAUCAGGAAAACCAUUAGUAAGUGUUGAUGCUCUUUAUCUGCAACGGAGAAUGAUGGACUUAAUCUUAUCAUUGCUGUUUCUUCAAAAGUUUCCUGCCUUGAAACACCUGGAAAUUGUGCAGAAAAUAUACAAGAUUGCCCCUGACAAAUUGAACAUAACCUGA